CUCGCAGCCUAGCACUGCCUAUCGCACCAUGCACACUCUCUCUCGCAUCGCAUCGCUAGCACAGCCAGCAUGCGUGCUGCUAGCGAGCCACACAUGAUGGCCGCACUGACCCUCGCAUCAUGCGCACACGCCUCCUACCCACACGCACUAGCUGGUCGCAUAUGUGCAAGCCUUGCACCUCAAUAAAUUUUUGGGCCGGACCAGGCCUAACCCAAUUUCGAACCAAAAAAUUCUGUCCAAAACCCGCCCAAAAUCAAGCCGGACUAACUUUGAUCACCUCUAGCCAAGAGCCCAAGUGAUGCACUCAAAUAAACCAAUGCUACACAUUUUUCCCCUUAAAAAAAAAAAAAAAAAAAAAAAAAAAAAAAACAUCUCCGGUUUUAAGCAAUGCAAUGCUGCAUUCACUGAUUUUGAAAUUUAAACAUCAACAACGGUCAUUUUUCACUAAAACAGUAAAACAACGAAAUGCAAUAUUCUGCUUUAAACGUAAUAAUAAUCAUUAAUAAAAUUCACCCCUAAAACUUUCCCUCUCAAUCAAAUCAAAUUAAAUUUAAAGCAUUUCUUCUUUAUUUAUCUUUUUCAGUUCAAAUUAAUCUAGCGCAAACUUCCAUAGUUUCAACAACAAUGGAGGACCACAAUCAAUGGCAUGAUCCACUUCUUCUUACUGAUGUCUCUCGUCAACAACAAACCCUAAUUUUUUCUCACGAUAUUUCUUCGAUUAAUACAGAUUCUCAAUCAAAAGAGAUGGAAAAUUCAGAAGGCGUGAAAUUUGAUGUUCUAGGAUCUACUGGGUUGCAUCAAAGCUUGGAAAUUAUUAGUCCGCAGCGAUUUACUGAUCUGAUUAAGGGUGAUACAAACAAUGGUAGGUCGAUGUUGGGGUUUUCGUUAACGGCGCCUGAUUUGGUUGUCUGUGCUGGUUCACCUGAUAUCCUGAAGCAGAGUUCUGCUGAGGAGAGGGCAGCUAACAUUGUGUUGUCACUAGAGGAGGGUAUAAAUGGAGUUGAAGCAGAAGCUUCUCGGGGUAGCCAUGAGUCUCCGAAGUUUUCAUCAUUUUGGCACUCGGCUGAAGAUAUAUAUGGGUCUGAGUCAACUGGAGGUAUCAAGAAGUUGCAAGGAGAAUAUGAUAAUCAGAAGAAGCAGUUACUUGAAGCAAGGAAAGCUAUAGAAGAGCUGAAGAAAGAGAAUGAGGUCAAGAGCAAUGAGUGCCAAAAGGCCUUAAAAUCCCUGCAUGAUCUCCAAAAUGAGCUCAUGCGCAAGUCAAUGCACGUUGGCUCAUUAGCAUUUGCGGUCGAAGGACAAGUCAAAGAAAAGAGCAAAUGGCUCUCCUCCUUGAGUGUCUUAAAGAGACAUUUAAAGAUUCUGAAAUUGGAUCAAAUUAAACUAUCAGAAGAAGCAAAGAAAUACAAGGAUUGUCUUGGAGAUAUGGAUGACUUGAAAUCUGUUAUGCAAGCCACAUUAACUCAGCAGGUUUCAUAUCAUGAUGAGCUGAAGAGGAAAAUCAGUGAAGGGGAAAAACAAAGAAAAGAACUUUAUAACAAAGUUCUGGAGUUAAAAGGUAAUAUACGUGUUUUCUGUCGCUGCAGGCCUAUGAACCCUGAGGAAAUAUCCAUGGGAGAUAAGGCAGCCAUUGAUUUUGAAUCUGCUAGAGAUGGAGAACUCACCAUUAAGUCAAAUGGUCAUCCACGUAAGACAUUCAAGUUUGAUGCUGUUUUUGGUCCGCAAGCAGGCCAAGCUGAUGUAUUCGAGGAUACUGCACCAUUUGCAACCUCAGUUUUAGAUGGAUACAAUGUCUGUAUCUUUGCUUAUGGGCAGACUGGGACUGGAAAAACAUUCACAAUGGAGGGCACGGAGGAUGCUCGUGGUGUCAAUUAUAGGACUCUUGCUGAACUGUUUGAAAUUAUGAGUGAGAGACAGAAGCUAUUUCAGUAUGAAAUAUGUGUGAGUGUAUUGGAGGUAUACAAUGAGCAAAUAAGAGAUUUGUUAGCCUCUGGAACUCAGCCUAGUGUAGCUUCAAAGAGGCUUGAGAUAAGGCAGGCCAGUGAAGGUGUCCUUCAUGUUCCUGGAUUGAUUGAAGCACAUGUAAGCAACAUUAGAGAGGCUUGGGAUGUUUUACAAACUGGAAGUAAUGCCAGGGCAGUUGGCUCUACUAAUGCAAAUGAGCACAGUAGCCGGUCUCACUGCAUACACUGUGUAAUGGUAAAGGGACACAAUUUGCUGACUGGAGAAUGCACUAGAAGCAAGUUGUGGUUGGUUGACCUAGCAGGCAGUGAACGGAUAGCCAAAACUGAAGCUCAAGGUGAACGACUGAAGGAAGCACAAAAUAUUAAUAAAUCUCUUUCGGCUCUUGGAGAUGUCAUAUCUGCUUUGGCAAAUAAGAGUCAACAUGUACCAUUCAGGAACUCCAAGCUUACCCAUCUACUUCAAGAUUCUCUAGGUGGAGACUCCAAGGCGCUUAUGUUUUUACAGAUCAGUCCCAAUGAAAAUGACUUAAGUGAGACUAUAUGCUCUCUUAACUUUGCUAGCAGGGUAAAGGGAGUUGAGUUAGGUCCAGCAAAGAAGCAAUUGGAUAAUAUUGAAUUUCUCAGAUACAAGCAAUUGGCUGAGAAGACCAAGCAAGAGGCAAAAUUGAAGGAUUUGCAGAUUAAGAAGAUGGAGGAAACAAUCCACAAUAUGGAGUCGAAGAUCAAAGACAAGGACCAGAAGAACAAGAACCUUCAAGAAAAGCUGAAGGAACUUGAGGCACAGCUUUUGGUAGAGAGAAAGUUGGCACGACAACAUGUAGACACAAAAAUUGCUGAGCAGCAACAACAACAAAUGCGGCAGCAGUUUGAAGACCAAAAUAGUGCACCGAAUAGACCUCCUCUAGUAGCUAAAACACUGGGAACUCUGAAGAAUGCCAAUGACCUCACAAGUGAUUCACCAAGUCUUCCUCGUUUAUUUUCUGAUCAUAACAACCACAAAACACCAUCAUCUUUUCUUCUGGCGGAUAGCUUUCUCCCGGAGAAAGAAAAUAAUCCUGAGAUAGGUGAGCUACUAAUGCAGCCGAAAAAAACAGGCAGAGCUUCUCUUUGCCCGACUGCACAGCGGAUUCCUGUAGCAUCAAAUCCAAGAAGAAAUUCUUUAAUUCCGUUACCCAGCACACCAAUGACACUCGAUCACCCUUCAACGUUGCCAUUUCCACCACCUUUAGAAAACGAGAAAGAAGAGAGAAAUGAGGUAGAUAAGUGUUUGUUAGAGCCUGCUAUAUGCAGCCCCGUAGCUUGUAAGAGUGGCGUAAAAAAGUUGAAUAGUGUACUGAGGCGAAGUCUUCAGAAAAAAGGGAAAUCUCCCAUGCAGCAACAGCUUAAGAAAGGAGGCGUAAAUGUAGGACUUGAGAAGGUUAGAGUCUCAAUUGGAAGUCGGGGAAGAUUGGGACAGAGGGUGUUGUUGGGCAAUGGUAGAAGAAUGGCUACAAGGGAAGCUAAGAAGCAGAGUCAAAGGGAGAAGGAGAGGGGAUGGAACUUUUGAAUGGUUAAAAUCUUUGUUUAUAUAAUUUCUUGUUGAUGAUGCUUUUCAUCUUAAUUGAUUAUGUACACUUGUAACAGAUUUCUUUGUGUAUAUAACAUGAUACUGGUUUGAGUUUAUUUCA